GCCGGUUGCCAUAACGACAGCCAAGAUGGCGGCGAUGGCGACUGGAGACGAGCAUGCUUCCUCUGAAGUUUUGAGAGGACUCGCCCGACAUUUAAAUUGUCUGAACGAAGACAACAAGGCGACAAGAAAAAGAGCUCUGGAGGCGAUCAAGAAGGAGACGGUUGAUAAAGGACUGUCCAGCAGCGCCUUACAGGAAGUCUUUUCUUCCCUCAUCAAGCCUCUCCUUAAAUGCCUGUCAGACCCAAUGGAAAGAUGCAGAGAAACUACUAUAGCGGUUUUGACAGAGUUUAUCCGAUGUGUCCCGAAGCCGGAGGAAUCGCUGCCUUAUCUCAUGCCCUGCUUGGCUCAGCGAUUUGGGGAGAAUGAGAUCCUGGAGCCGGCGGAGGAACUUCGCCUGUCGGCCGUGGAAAUGCUAACUCUAAUAGUGGAAGUGUGCGGGAAGAAUUUAGCACCCUAUCUGAGCGAAGUGAUCAACAUACUGCAGAGAACCAUCGUAGACCCUUUCCCCGAUGUUAAACGUGAAAGCUGCAAGUGCACCGUGAACUUUGCGAAGUGUGUGCCAGAGCACUUUCACAUGCAAGCCGAGUGUCUCAUUAAGCCCCUCAUGUUGACAAUUGCUCAUCAGCACACUCGGGUACGGGUUUCUGUCAUCGAAGCCACUGGGGCGGUCAUUCAGCAUGGAAGUGGGAAAAAACUGGAUGAUGUGCUCUCUCACCUGGCGCAGAGACUGUUUGACGACUCACCUCAGGUGAGAAAAGCUGUGACUGCAGUCGUCGGUGAUUGGCUGUUGCACUUCAGAGACAGAUAUUCUUAUUUUCACAAACUCAUCCCUCUCCUGCUCAGCACCAUCAAUGAUGAGAUCCCAGAAAUAAGACUUCUAGCCGUUGAUCUGUGGAAGCAGGUAGGCGCACAGUGGGAGAAGGAGAAUGAAGAUGACAUCAAGGACAAAAUGGACUUCCUUCUCACUCCACCUCCACAUUACCCAUCAGAAGUGGAGCGUCCAGGGUUAGGCUGCAGAGAGCUGGUUGUGAGAAAUCUGGGGAAGCUGGUACCGGCUAUCACACACGAUGUGACCGAUUGGCUUGUGCCAACGCGGGUUAAGACCUCUCAGCUUCUCUCAGUGCUGCUGCUCCACGCCGAGGACCAUUGCAUCCAGCACCUGCCGGCCCUAUUGGCGACCCUCUAUCGGGCCUGCACAGAUAGCGAGAGGGACGUAGUCAACAAUUGUCUGGCAGCUGCUAAACUGAUAGGGACCUUUGUCCCUCCACCUGUUUUCCUCAAACUGCUGCUGGAUCACGUGGCCAGCCCACACUCUUCCUCCCACCCUUGGGCCCCCCUCAUGGUCCUGGCUGCCGUGCUCGGAGGAUGCUCCAGGCCCCUCCUUAAACCACACAUCCAGCAGGUCGCCAACGCUCUGGCCCAGCCCGAUGUGUGCCAGGGAUAUCAACAGGUUAUGUACUUGGAGCAGUUGCUGGCGUGUGUGGAUGUGCUGCUGCAUCAGUGUGAGUCAGACUGCAGCUCAGGGAGCCUGCAGCUGCUCCAAGUGCUCAUCGCUGUCCAGAGCUUCUCCACUGAGCCACAGCUGAGCGAAAAGGCGUUGGAGAGUGUGCAGUUCUUGUGUAAGGUGCAGGGCUUGGACUCGGUGAUGGAGCUCUAUAGACAACAUAUGGGCCAGCUGCUGGACUGGCUGUCUGCCUCUGUCAACACCUGGUCCAGUUACUCCCCAGAGAGACUUCAGCUGCAUAUCGUAGUCAUACAAUCAGGUCCAGUGAUCGGCGAGUUUUUGAGCCAGUUAAUGCCUCUUCUCCAUAACUGCCUCCAACCAAACAGAGACCCAGAGAUGAGGAUGAGCAUCUUCACAAUGCUUGCAAAGUUGCUGCUGGAUGCAAACAAAACACUGGAUUCUCAGGGGUGUUUCCAUGACGAUUCAGAGAGGUUUCUGAGUGACAUCCUGCUUCCUAACCUGGUGUGGCACGCAGGCCGCAUCGCCGCUGCCGUCCGCACCUCUGCCCUCAGCUGUCUGCUGGCAGUGCUGCAUGGAGGUGCCAUCACACCUGGACAGCUGAUCAGUCUGGAGGAGAGGAUGCAUCCCCUGGUGUUGUCGGCCCUGGAGGAGGACUCUCAGAUGAGCCGACUGUUGGCUUGUCGCUGUCUGUGUUCCAUACUCAGACUCACAGGAACCAGUUUGCACCACGAGGCUCUCAAUAAGAUUUACCCCGAGCUUCUGAAGCGUCUGGAUGAUAGCAGCAAGGAGGUGCGCGGUGUGGCCCUGCAGGCUGUGGGGCUGUGGUUUUCCAGUCUGACCAAAGACUACAACCCUGUGCUCUGCGGUGCUCAUCUGCAGCUUCUCUUUCAGCAGCUGCUCCUGCACCUGGAUGACCCUGACAGUUCAGUGCAGGACCAAGUGCUCGAAAUCCUGAAGAAAGGCAGCUCGGUGCACCCUGCACUUCUGAAGGAGGAGGUGGAGGCUGUCCGGGACAAACAGCGAAGUCCUGUCUACUGCGAUCAGCUGCUCCAGCACAUCAGCUCACUGCCCACAGAGUCCACAGCAAGCUGCACGGAGUGA